AUGAGCCGAGUCCCUACAAUAGCCACCGUCGUCCGCGGCGCGAGCGUCAACAUCGUUCUCAAGGCCGACCAACCCACCGGCCGCACCGUCUCCGGGACUGUCCAGGAUGUUCUGACCCGCGGCAACCACCCUCGCGGCAUCAAAGUGCGGCUCAACGAUGGACGGGUCGGAAGGGUGCAAUCCCACACUGGAGCGCAGACGACCUCGGCCGGCACAGAGCAAGAUGUUGUGGGAGCUAGUGCCGCGGGAUCGCUGGACUUCGGAGGCGGACGACCGCCGCAGCGCGAACGGGGUCGUCGGCAAGAAGCUGAGGCUGGCCUGCCUCCGUCGCAGGUCGGACUCGAGGCCUAUAUCCGCCCGGCGAAGCAGAAGAACGGCGGACGAGCCAGGCCCGCUGCGGCUCGCGACAUGGAGAGAGAGGAGACGGCGCCCCGCGCGACGUCCGAGGUGGUGACCUGUCCCGUCUGCGGCGAUUUUGAGGGAGACGCGGCGGCGGUCGAGCAUCACGUUGCCGCUCAUUUUGAUUAA